CCUCCUUAAUCCCUUUCACCUUCACAACCUGCUAUUUUCUCUCAUAAUCAAACCCUAACACAAUUCACCUUUAAUUUUCUCUUUCUCUCUCUCAAUUUUGGGUUAGGUUCUCUUCGCUAAUCUCCGACUUUUUUCGCUCCUAAUUCAAUAUGCAAAUCUUUGUGAAAACCCUGACUGGGAAGACCAUAACCCUCGAGGUCGAGACUUCUGACACUAUUGAGAAUGUCAAGACCAAAAUUCAAGAUAAGGAGGGUAUCCCACCGGACCAGCAGAGGCUCAUCUUCGCUGGUAAGCAGUUGGAUGAUGGCAGAACUCUAGCUGACUACAACAUCCAAAAGGAGUCCACCCUCCACUUAGUCCUCCGUCUGAGGGGUGGUAUGCAGAUCUUUGUCAAGACUCUUACAGGCAAGACGAUUACCUUGGAAGUUGAAACUUCCGACACCAUUGAGAAUGUGAAGACAAAGAUACAGGAUAAAGAAGGGAUCCCACCAGACCAGCAGAGGCUUAUUUUCGCAGGGAAGCAGCUUGAGGAUGGUCGGACUCUUGCAGACUAUAACAUUCAGAAGGAGUCUACUCUGCAUUUGGUUCUCCGUUUGAGAGGAGGUAUGCAGAUUUUCGUGAAGACUCUCACUGGAAAAACCAUCACCCUGGAAGUUGAAAGCUCUGACACUAUCGAUAACGUUAAGACAAAGAUUCAGGACAAAGAGGGAAUCCCACCAGACCAGCAGAGGCUGAUCUUUGCCGGGAAGCAGUUGGAUGAUGGCCGGACAUUGGCUGAUUACAAUAUCCAGAAGGAAUCUACUUUGCACCUAGUGCUCCGGUUGAGAGGAGGCAUGCAAAUCUUUGUUAAGACGCUUACUGGGAAAACCAUCACCCUAGAAGUUGAAAGCUCAGAUACAAUUGACAAUGUGAAGACGAAGAUUCAAGAUAAGGAGGGCAUUCCACCUGACCAGCAGAGGAUUAUCUUUGCUGGGAAGCAGCUGGAGGAUGGCAGGACUUUGGCUGAUUACAACAUCCAAAAGGAAUCAACCCUGCACUUGGUCCUCCGCCUCAGAGGUGGUAUGCAGAUCUUCGUGAAGACCCUCACUGGGAAGACUAUCACCCUCGAGGUUGAGACUUCUGAUACAAUUGAGAAUGUGAAGACCAAGAUUCAGGACAAGGAGGGUAUCCCCCCAGACCAGCAGAGGCUCAUCUUUGCAGGGAAGCAAUUGGAGGAUGGUCGAACCUUGGCUGAUUACAACAUUCAGAAGGAGUCUACCCUCCAUCUUGUUCUCCGUCUUCGUGGGGGUGAUGCUUGAAGUUCUGAAGCUAUUAUGCCGUUCACUGCAGCAGGGUUUCUCUAGGUGUUACGUGUGAUAUUUCCUUUUUAUCGGAACUUAUUAAUAUGGUCUAGAUAUGUCUAUGUUAGUACAAUGGUAUGAUAUUGUGGACUAUUGGUGUUAUUGUGUUAAGGCGGUGAAUCGGUGAUGAUGCUAUUAUGGUUAGUAAUGUGGGUUGCUAACCUGCUAUAAAUAAAUAAAAUGAACCUGGCGUCUCUGGACUAUAUUGAUGUUUGCUUGCAAUUCAUUUUAUGGUUAUGUCUGUAUAUUGCUUUGUUUUA